CCCCGGAGUACCUCAACCUUCUCACCUGCUCUCUCACUCAGCCUACUCUCUCUCUUUCGUCCACAAGACAGAUUUUAUUCUUUCACUAACAAGGCUUCUUCUUUCUUCCCUGGAGAUGAUAUCAGAGUGCCGAGUAUAGAAGCAGAAAUAAGAUCACCACGAAACGUCUAUCAGUCGGAAUUUUGGCACCGACGAGUUCAGCGGAAGGAUGGAUAUUCUCGCUUCCAGCUCUACCGAAAAAACGCCAACGACGAUGAAGGAUGCAGCGUUGCCUUUGCCAGCCACGGAGCCAUCUCCAAGAAACUUGAAACAUCGACUUCGCAUAAUCCCUUUCCUUUCUAGCCUCCUCACCACUAUCCGAACCAACCUCUCAGCAGGUACACCACCAUCCAGCUCAACAUCUUACGACGACCACGAAGAUCUUAACCCUCAGCUCAAUCUGGAUUUACAAGACCCCGACACAGUCGUCACUUCGGAAGAAGAAGACGGAUUUAUCUCCAAGGUCGUCGUGGAGCAAAGCUGGGGCAGUGGAACUCGCAGCAAACCGACCAGUGAUAGCUCUGACCCGGCUUCACACGACCACAAAGACUCCAAGUCCGGCGAAACUCAGCCAGUCCACUUAAUGAAGACAGCGGACGAACGAGAAGUCGAUGUCGAUGGUAAACUCAACCUCUACUUGGUUUGCUUGCUGCGAUUCUGGUUGAAAAUCAAACAUUUUUUCUAUCCUCGGCCCUUCGACGUCGGGAGCGAGAAGCGAUACGAUGAAGAUGAUUGGUAUUCGAAGAAGACCAUGGCGCAGCUAGCGUCGAUCUGGCUCAUUCUUAAUCUUGCUCUGGGAUGUGUUUCUGUGCCGAGGCCCUGGACAAUCAUAGAUUUUAUAUUCAAUGCUGGAAUCGCACCUGCGUUCACACUUCCUAUCUUCGUUAUGAUCAUGUACAACUGGCCGCGCGACCAUCGAGUUCUCUAUCAAUUUUUUGUUGUCUUUUCCCUAUGGAUGUGGCCUUUCGACCUCAUCAUUACUAUGCGCCUCUGUGGCUUCUACGACUCAAGUAUUUCAAUCAUAUCCUGCAAUGGAAAAGAUUUCAUCAAUAUCCUUUUCUAUGCCACUGCUAUGCAAGCAAUAGGCUUGUUCGGACUACGGUUGGACAGGUUGCCUGCAGCUAUUGCGGCGGCAGCGUGGUUUGUCCUUUCCUGCACUCUCAUAAUACCUGACCACACUGUAUGGUGGCGAUCCGUAACAAACUUUGCUAUCUUUCAUGUCUUUCUGAUAUGGGUCCACGAACGCCGGGAAAGUUCCGAGCGGCGGCUAUACGCUAUGAAAGUUCAAGUCAAGAUUCAGUACAAGGCCUUACAACGUGCACAGGAAGCUGAACGGAGGACGUCAGAGUCCAAGCAUAGGCUGACUUCAUACGUAUUCCAUGAAGUAAGGGUUCCACUCAACUCUGCCCUUCUGGCUGCUCAGAGCAUGGAGGCUUCCGGGACGAUCUCCAAGGCUCUCGAAGUAGAGUUUGACGCGUUGAUGGGUAGCUUGACCAUGAUGUCUCAAGUGUUAAACGAUGUUUUGGACUUCAAUCGUUUGGAUAGCGGUCAAUUCGAGCUAGUUUCAAAGCCUUAUGCCUUUCAUCAAACGAUCCGGGCGCUUUUUAUUCCUCUGCAGAUGGCAACUGCACAAAAAGGUUUAACGUUACAUACGGAACUGGAUCCUAAUAUUGACAAAGUUGCCCGCAGAACAGCCUAUCGUGCCAUGGGCGAGCGUGAAGACAUCAUUGAGCGACACCUCAACGAACAUCCCGACGUAGAUGGCGUUGUCAUCGGCGACGAAGCACGGUUUCGGCAAAUCAUCACAAAUUUUGCUAGUAAUGCAUGCAAGUUUACACCAGAAGGCGGAUCAGUUACCGUAAAGACCAAAUUACUCUCCCCAUCCAUCGAUGAUACCUUAGGACAACCACGAUCUGACGCCGAAACUCAUGACAAAUUAUCAGCCUCAAGAUUAGCGCAACACGAUUAUCAUCAUGCGACUGGUGAUAACGAGACUAUCGUCGUGAGGGUUGAAGUGACAGAUACUGGGUGUGGGAUUGAGGAAUCCGAGUUGGCUGGAUCAAAACUUUUCUCUGCGUUCAAUCAAACAGAACGUGGAAAACAACAAGGUGGUAAAGGGACCGGUCUUGGUCUUGCCCUCGUUCGUAACAUCGUCAAACUCAGCGGAGGUCGUCUUGGUGUGAAGUCUCAAUCCAACAAGGGCUCAACAUUCUGGGUCGAACUUCCUCUUGGUGUUGGUCGGAAGGCGCUGAUUCCUUCACCUGGGAUCAAUAUCGUUUCCAGAGUGGACUCACAAGGUUCAGGAUCAGACGGCUCGAUGGGCUCGGACGUUGCCAAGGUUCGGGCAGCUGCAGCACUUAGAGAAUCUCAAAUCAUUGGAAAUGGCAUAGUCGGAAACAAGGAAUGCCAUUCUGGAGAUUCAUGCCCGGUUCAGCUUCAUUUAAGAACGAACAACUCAUUAGCGAAAGUGGUCGAUGCUGCGGCUUUGAAAGCAUCAGAUAUGUCUUCAGUGAUGAGGAGCUCAGACUUGAUGCAUAGCACGAUCAUGGAGCAAAAUGGCCGAGUUGAUUUAGUCGUUGACUCUCAGACACCUAGUUUUCCAUUAGCUUCUAUCCGUGCCUCACCGUCAAUCAUGAACGGAACACCGACACCUAACACUACAGACCUCUCUUUCUCGUUCCAUUCUCUCCACUCCAAGGGAACACCUCAAAGCGAGAUAUCUCAGAAUUUGUCAAUAGGCAGCGGCUCUGGUGUUAAAACUGGGAUCGGAUCUUCCUCAGUCGAGGGCGGGGCCGCGGUUGACACUGGGAAGAAACAGGACGACGUGAAGUUGCCAACAUCCUCAUUGGACUCGGGGACGAUGAAAGUGUCGUCUCCUGCUUCACUGGCUUCACUGAGCUCUGGAAAAACCACAUGUCGUCCCGCACCGGACAAGGACUCUACAAUAAACGGCGCUAAUAAAUCUCAGCUGCCCAGUGCGGCAUCACCUCCAGUUCAACGCCCAACACACAUAUCUAUACCGGCUACACCUCACUUUGACCUCGCUCAGUCUGAAACAUUACAAACAUUACAAUCCACUUCUACAACCUCUCCAAGAACGAAUGAUACUGGCCCCAUAGCAUCUCCAUUGACUCUCUUCGACAAUUCCUUCUCUCGUUCAAACGGCUAUAAUGCCAAUAUCUAUGAUUUUGUUCCCGGCAUCUCCUCCACCAAAAGUUCUCACCCUCAUCAUACCAAGAACAAUUCUGUACCAGAUUUCAGCUCCAAUUUAUCGAUACUCGUUGUUGAUGACGACGGUGUCACUCGGAUGAUGAUGGAGCGGCUGUUAAGAAGACAGGGAUGCGAGGUGACGACGGCGGAGAACGGAAGAGUAGCGUUGGAGUUGAUAUUGGGGGAUGUGUGGGAUCCGGAUAUGCUGGAACUGGAGGACACUGUUGGUUCGGUACCAGAGUCUGGAGUUGGAGAAAGGCAGUCAAGAGAUCACUCGCGAGCCGGGUCAAGGUCGCAUUCGCGGACCAUAAGCCUUUCUGAAAGUGUACCACCCGACCUCGCUACAAGUGGACUACCUUCGUCGAAAUCCGGAACGUUGACAUCAGACCAGGGUCCUGACAUCAUUUCUCGUGCCAUAUCUCAAGGGUCUGAUCAAUCCCAGUCGACAGUGCCAGAUAUCCCGAGGUUUGCUGUCGUUUUUCUAGAUAAUUCAAUGCCGAUAUUGAGUGGACAAAGGACGGUGGAAAUUCUGAGGCGGUUAAGGAGGCGGGAUUUCGUUGUUGGGUUAACUGGCAACGCGCUCCUAACGGACCAAGACGAGUACCUACGAGCAGGCGUUGACAUUGUUCUAACAAAACCCGUUAUGCAAAACAAAUUACUGUAUGUCCUGAAAGAAGCAGAUGCUCGACGUCAACAUCAUCUAUCUUUACUUUCAAAAGUAUCGUAACGCACCUAUGGCGCGUUACCGUCCGCAUUUUUACCCUCACUUUUCAUUGUCAUUGUCUAUGGGGGCCUCGUGGCUUUGUAUGGGCUUUCUUGUGUACAUGAGAUCAAUCAUGAAAUUUGGAACUACUUACACUUUAAUCUCUGCUUUUUCGCUUGGCAUAUGUUCUACUUCUUUGCCCUCCGUAUCCCAUCAUCAAUGCUCCUCUCAUCGCAUCUAUGUCAUGUUCUUAAUUUUCACUUUGGUAUAACUUUGGCCGUAGUCUAUUUGUCGCAUUUGUAUCGCCUAGCAGUAUAUGUGGUAGGGCUCACCACCCUGAGAUUCGCUUUGUUAAAAACAGUCCUCCAUUACGAUCCUGCUUCAGAAAUC